AAGUGUUUGUUUUCAAGAGAAGCUGUUUGGGCAAGAGGGUAUAUACUGUAUGGCACAAUGUGACACACCAGAGCUUCAUGGGUCCCUGGAUCAAGAGCCAAGAUUCCAGCUGGUGGUGCCCGAGUCGGUGACAGUUGAGGAAGGCCUGUGUGUCCAUGUGCCCUGAAGUACCUUGUUCCUUAUUCCUCAAGGUUCCUCUGUUAACCCCUUGAGCCCUGCCUCUGCCAGACUGACUUUUGAGCACAUUCAGAAGCUGUGGAUUUUCAGACAGCAUCUAAUUUUCUGAUGGUGACAGUGGAAUGGGAGGAAGCCACAAAGAAGAGACGGGAGCCGGAGGAACCUAGGACCAUUCACUGUGCUAUGCUGUGGCCACUGCCGCUGUUCUUGCUGUGUGCAGGCUCCCUGGCUCAGGAUUUAGAAUUCCAGCUGGUGGCGCCCGAGUCAGUGACAGUCGAGGAGGGCCUAUGUGUCCAUGUGCCCUGCAGUGUUUUCUACCCCUCCAUUAAGCUCACUUUAGGACCUGUGACCGGCUCCUGGCUCCGGAAAGGGGUCAGUCUCCAUGAAGACUCUCCAGUGGCCACAAGUGACCCCAGACAACUAGUGCAGAAGGCAACACAGGGCAGAUUCCAACUCCUUGGGGACCCACAGAAACAUGACUGUUCCCUGUUCAUCAGAGAUGCACAGAAAAAUGACACAGGAAUGUACUUCUUCAGAGUGGUCAGAGAACCUUUUGUGAGAUAUUCUUACAAAAAAAGCCAGCUGUCACUGCAUGUGACCUCUCUAUCACGGACUCCUGACAUUAUAAUCCCGGGGACCCUGGAGGCUGGCUAUCCUAGCAAUCUCACCUGCUCUGUGCCCUGGGCUUGUGAGCAGGGGACACCCCCUACUUUCUCCUGGAUGUCAACUGCCCUCACCUCCUUGAGUUCCCGAACCACAGACUCCUCCGUGCUGACGUUCACACCUCAGCCUCAGGACCAUGGUACCAAACUCACCUGCUUGGUGACCUUCUCUGGAGCAGGUGUCACUGUGGAAAGGACCAUCCAGCUCAAUGUUACCCGGAAAUCAGGCCAGAUGAGAGAGCUGGUCCUGGUGGCUGUGGGGGAGGCAACGGUCAAGCUCCUGAUUCUUGGGCUCUGUCUCGUGUUUCUCAUUGUGAUGUUCUGCAGAAGGAAGACAACAAAGCUGUCAGUGCACAUGGGCUGUGAAAAUCCUAUCAAGGCUCAUCAGCAGGACUCCAAGGUGCACAGCAAUCCUGAGAAUCCAAGACCCUUACAGAAGGACUCACCUCAGGAACAGAGCAGUGUCCACACUAAGAUUUCCUUGGAUUUCAUGGGAGGGAAGCCUCAGGAGUACUCAGAGAUCUAAAUGCACCAAGCUUUGCUCUCCUGUGAAGAACCUGUGUCCUCUAUGGCUUCCUGUGGAUAAUUCCUGCAUCCCUCUGAUCCCAGAGUGGGUUAUGCUGCUGUGUGUGAGUCUUACACUCAGUUGACAUCAUCUGACUUUGCAAUAAGAGACCCGGGACAGAGUCUGUGCUCCUUCAUUUAUAUCCCCACAAGUUGUUCCCUCUAUUUUUGGUUUUUGUACUCAGUAUAAUGAUCCCCUACCUUCUCCUCCUGCCUCACCUCUUUCUCCUUCUCUCUUUCCACAUCUCUUAUAUGGAUGAAUAUACACAUGUGUGUGCCAAGGCCCUUGCCCAUGAGUAAGUACAUGUAUGAAGGCUAGAGGUCAAAGUUCAGUGCCUUCCUCUUUUUUCUCAUCAUUAUCACUCUUCAUCAUCACUAUCGUCAUCAUUAUUAUUAUUCUGACACAGGGUAUGGUGGUUUGAAUAAAAAUGGCCCCCAUAGGGCACAAUUAGGAGGUGUGGCCUUGUUGAAUAGGUGUGGCCUAGUUGGAGAAAGUGUGCCACUGGGGCUGGGCUUUGGGGUUUUAAAUGCUCAAGCCAGGCCCAGUGUCACUUUAUUUCCUGAUGUCUGCCAAUCCAGAAAUUGAACUCUCAGCUACCUAUCUAUCUAGCACCAUGUCUAUCUGCAUGUUGCUGUGCUUCCCGCUAUGAAGAUAAAGGACUAAACCUCUGAACCUGUAAGCCAUCUCCAAUUAAACGUUUUCCUUUAUAAGAGUUGCUGUUGUCACAGUAUAUCUACACAGCAAUUGAACCCUAACUAAAGCACAAGCUCUCCCUGAGCCUGGAGCUUGCUGUUUAGGCAAGACUGGCUGGACAGUGAGUUUCUGGGGUCACCCUUUUCUGACCUCCAAUAUUUUGAUGAGAGUUAUAGACUGUCAUAUGUAGCUUUAUGUGAGUGCUUUAUUGCUAGGGCUCCUUUCUCUCUUGCUCAGGAACCUCACCUUUCACUGGCCAGGAAAGAGGGAGACUUGGAGUAAUAACACUUUUAUUGAAUCAGGAGAAGAGAGUCACACUAACAAUAGGAAAAUCUUUUACCCAAGCAAAUAUGCACAAACACACAUACAUUUAUACACACGUUCAUACCUGCACAUUCAUUAUCUCAUACUUAUUUGUUGGGUCUAGCAAUCUGUCUCUGUCUCAUCAACUUACAUACUUACACACGCAAAUAGUUACACACACACACACACACACACACACACAGAGAGAGAGAGAGAGAGAGAGAGAGAGAGAGAGAGAGAGAGAGAGAGAAACGGGGGUGGGGGGGCAAAGGCCUCCAUGAGCAGGAGCAGGUUUUAUUGAGCUAGUGCAAAAAGAACUCACUCAUUCUGGAUGAAAAAUAAGCUCCAACCUUUAUUGCUCAGAGAAAGGGAAAAAACACUUCUACUCUUUUAUUGCUAAAUAAGUUAAAUUAAAUGUCUCAUUGUAA